GUCGUCGGUGUCGUCGUCGUCGGUCGUCGAGGCCGCCGGCGUUGCCUCGGGCGUGCGCGGCCGCGGGCCUCGCCAACGGCCGGGCCCGUUGGGGGGGGAGGAGCAGGAGGAGGAGGAGGAGGAGGAGGAGGCGGCGGCCGGGCCCGUUGGGGGCUCGCGGGCCACGGCGGGCGGCCCCCCGCGCUUGCAUGCGCGGAGGGCCGCCGGCGGCUGUCCGGGCGGGGCGGCGCCGGGCCGCAGUCGCCCCCGGACCGUCGGGUCGGUGGUGCCCCCUGGAGGCGGACGUUCUGGAACGCUCUGGAACGACCCAUCCCGGGCCUGGGGGCCCGCCCGAUUCGAGGGGCGCCACGCGAGCCCCAGGGGGCCAGAGGCGACUGGGCCCGCGGCCGCUGCCUGCAAGUGCAGAGCAUGGCGGUCCUAUUCUCGAGAAGCCCACCUGAGCCUCAGCGACGACGCGCGCCAGCCGCGCCCAUUUGGCGCGGAGGUGCAAGAGCGCCUCGCAACGACGGCCAGUCGGCUGCCAGCUCGGCGCCGGUCAGACUAAAAUAUUCAAAUUAUUCAAUUCCAUCCGAAUUCAGCAUCGAAUUAACGACAUGCGGCUGACGGCAAGGCUUCGUCGCAUGAUUGUGGCUGGUGUCGGGGUGGCCCCGUCCCCGCCCUCAGAUCC